AUGUUAAACAUCACGUUCCCUUCAGACUAUUGCAACCUUACUGAACGCAGCCGAUCGACCGCACGUCCCAGCUGCUUGUACAGUACGAGGGCAAUUCCGGCGCAGCAUGCGUUGAGGGAGCUGUACUCGGCUAUCGGCUCGCAUGUUUAUGGUAUUGACUAUCUGACAGCGCGCCAUGUCUGCCAUGCCUGGCGUCGCGCACUGUCGCCGAUUACUCGGACAGUCAAGAUGAAUCUCCACCACGCGGGACUGGAUCCAGCGGCCCGACUUGGGGCGAUGCAGCGAGCGUUCCCAAGGGUAGGGACGCCGCCGGCGGAGGCGCCCGGGCCCUGCUGUGAGCACACGACUGGCAGUAGCGGCGGCGGUAGCAGUAGUGGCGGUAGGCUCAUGUGGCAGUUUAUGUCGAUUACGGUUGGAGCUUCGGUUUUACCGUUGAACCGAGAUCAGUUGGACCCAAUUACCCACCGACUGAUUACCAGCUGUCGGUGGGUUGGUCAGCAGCUAGCCGCAGCUCUGGCCGCCUCCCAGCCCGCCCUCUGCCGUCUCCGCCACCUGACCUCGCUGGAGCUCACAGCCGACACAGCCCUCUUCGCCGCCCUGGUGCCGCAGCUGGCGCGGCCCGGGGCCGCGCCCAGUCUUACAGAGCUUAGAUUUACUCGGGCGGAAGCUUCUAGAGGGUCGCUUGGGCGGUGGCUGGCGGCGGCGGCAGCGGCAGGAGGAGGAGCGGGAGGAGGGGGGACGGGGUUGGGUAUGGCGGCGGCGAUGGAGGCGCUAGGGAGUUUGACUGGACUGAAAUCCCUGUCAUUGAAUGCAGGACUCCCCGGUUUGCCGUUAGCCGUGUCGCGUCUGUCCCACCUGGCGGCUCUGGAGCUGCAUCACAGCGGUCGGGGUGUGACGGUGGUGGAGGAUGUGGCGCCCCUGGAGGCGCUGACGGGCCUGAGCUGCCUCAAACUAAGGUACAUGGCUCUUCGCGACAUCUGGCAGCUGACUCGCCUGACCUCCCUGACCUCCCUGGACCUCACCGUGCGCGGCUUCUUCGCUUCCGAGGGCUUCGCUGACGGCGAGGACGAGCUGGACGAGCUGGAUAACCUAGAUGCGGCUAUGUUGGAGGGGGGGGGAGGAGGGGGGGAUUGGUUUGGGGGACUGCCGCCGCCGGUGGUGCCGCCGCCGCCUCCGGCGGCGGCGGCGCUGAUCUUUCCUGUCGGCGGCUUAGGCCUUCAUCAUGCCAUUGCAGCUGCCGCCGCAGCGGCGGCGGCAGGGCCUGGAGGAGGACAGCAGCAGCAGCAACAGCCGUUGCAAUUUGGUUUUGCAAUGCCGCCGCUGCAGCAACAGCAGCAACAGCCGCCGCCGCCGCCCCCAGCAGCAGCAGCAGCGGCAGCGCUGCAGGGCCAACCGCUUGCUCUGUCACUCACGCCGCCACCCCAGUCCGCGCCCGCGGAUUUUCCUUUGGCCUAUCGGUUGAAUCAUCCCGGUGUCGCGUCUGUGUGGCAUGCUCACAACCCUCCCCUCCCAAACCCACAUGACCUGUUCAACCCCAACGCAACUCAUUAUAAUCAUCAGCACCAACCCCACCCUGCUGCCUGGGCCGCGCUGGGACAACUACCCCCACUGCAGCACCAGCCGCACCUGCAUCACCACCAUUUCCGUCAAGAACACCAAGUACAACAGCAACAACACCAAGUACAACAGCAACAGCCUCAAUCGCCUCCGCUAUUCCACCAUACGACCACGACCCGGCAGGACCAGAACUUGCAUGCACAGCAAGAAGGACUGGCGGCGGCGGCGCCGCUUCCGCCGCCAGGGCUGGCAGGUUCUGGUGGUCCAGUUCUGGCACUGGGCUGCGGCGGCGGCGACGGCGACGGCGGCGGUGGAAACGUGUGGCGUCCACUCCUUUGUCCGUUUCCUGGAGGGCUCAGGGAAGGAGGUGUUGGCGGGGAAAGAGGACCGGCCUCUGCAGCGCUAUCGGCAGCUGCUGAUGAUGCGGCGGCGGUGGCCGCUACAGGAGCCGGAUGUUCUUCAAGUUUUGGUGGCGGCGGCGGCGACGCUACAGCUUCGUCUGCGGGUGCUGGCGGCAGCGGCGGUGCCGGCCCCGCCGUCGAUGCAGCGGGCGCUGCCGCUGGCGGAAUGAAUGCUGUUGCGGCGGCCGGUGCUACGGAGGAUGUGUACGACCGACGGCCGGGCUGCAGUGAUGGCGGCGGAGGCGGAAGGGAGGAGCCCAUGGCAGGUAGCUCCGGCGGCGGCAGCGGCGAUGGUGGCGCCGGCGGGAGUCUUGUGGGAUUUGGGUCUUGGAUGUUCGGAGAUGGCGGUUACGAGAGUGACUCCGAUGGCGCUGUUACGUUCAGCUUAACAUCAUCCGCCGCCGGCAGCGAUUAUAUCGCCGAGGACGACGGCGGCGGCGGCGGCGGCAGCGGCAGCGGCAUUCCAGGUGUCUUAGGGGACCGCCUGGCAAGGCGCGGCGGAGGCGAUGACGUUGCAGGUGCGGCGGCGGCAGGGCGCGGCGGCGGCACCUCUGUCCUUCCAUCUUGUAGCGGCUGCGUUGGGGUCAGCGGAGGCAGCUGGUGGUCUCUAAGGGAACCUCCGGAGGCGUCUCAGGGUGCUCAGCGGCAGGCGGCGGCUGUGUACGGCGCGACCUUCAACAGCGGCGGCGGCGCCGCCGCCGGAGGUGUUCACCUCCGCUUUGACGAAAGCCCGGCAACUGCUGGCGUGAAGCUUUUAUCGGCGUCACAACAACAGUUGUUGGGUGAACCAGAGGCGAUGGCAGCGUUGGCGGCGGCGGGGCCGCCGUACGGCAGCAACCUUUUGCCUGGUGCCGCUUCGGCGGAGGCGGCGUUGCCGGACCACAACCUAUCAGACGCCUCGGGCCCCUUGCUGAAUGGAGUGGCGGCGGCCGCAACGACGGAGGCGGCGCCCGCGACGGCUGGCUCCCUUUUGCCGCCGCUAGCCUCCCCGCCACAGGUACGGCGUGCUGGCGGCGGCGCUGGCGGCAGCGGCUCCGCUGGCGGUGACGGAAGAGGAAGAGGAGGAGGAGCGGAUGCAGGGACUACACAAGAACUGUCGGCUGCUGCUGCUCCGAUUGCUGACGCUGACAUGGCGACGGCGACGGCGGUAUCGUCACCGCCGCCGCCGCCGCAGGCUGGCGGCGGUAGUGAGGGGCACCAGGCUGCUCCUGGCGGCGUGGCGGAGGCGGGGGUCGACGCAGGUCCUGCCGCUGCCGCUGCAGCUGCUAUUGUUGAAGAAGGACAGGACCUCCUAGAGGCGGAUGAUGAUGAUGAUGACGACGAAGAUGAUGAAGAUGAUGACGCGGAGGCUGACGAGGCAGCGGCGGAGCUGGAGGCGGCGGAGGUGGCCGAGGCCAUCGCGCACGAGGGCAGCCUCAGCCGGCAGUUGUGGCAGGUGGUCGCUGCGCUACCCGGCCUCCGGUCGCUCAACGUCAAUGCCUGGCACGAGGCCCCUCUGGAUGACGAGCGGCUGGGUGAGCUGGCUAAGCUGAGCCUGCCGUGGGGAGGUCAACUGCCCGUACCUAGCGGACUGACCUCCCUAGGGUUACUGCUGCAGGCCUCCAGCGCCUCCGCCCGCCUCUCCUCUCUAUCUGAUCUGCGGGAGCUCAAGGACCUCACACUGGUGGUGGCGCCGCCCAAGGGCUCCGGUGGUCGCCUGCCUCCCCCCGCCGCCGCUGCCGUACAACUAAGUGUCCUGGAUAUCGAGUACGACAGUGAGGACGAGAUGGACGACAAACCCGACGGUGCGGGGCCGUCGGCCGCACAUCCUGGCGUGGAAGUAGUGGCUACUGGCGGCAGGGCCAGCGGCCGUACUGCAAACGUCGGAGAGCAGCAGGAGCUGCCGCCCCCGCCGCCGCCGCCGCCGCAGCAGCAGCAGCAGCAGCAACAGGAGCAAGAAGACGCCACGAUGGGGGAUCUAUGGGAUAACGGCGGCGAAGAGGCCGCCGUGGAAGUCGAUGAUGACGUGGAGAUGGCGCCGGCGCCGGCGCAUUCGCAGGCGUAUCCGGCAGCGGCGGCGGCGCCAGUGACGGCAGCCAUGGACACCAGCUCCGUCGACGGCGACGGCCCUGGUGCUGCCGCCGGUAUCGGCGCCGCCGCCGCCGGCAGCAGCCCUGUAUACCACCUGGCGGCUCUUACCGCACUGGAACGGCUUCGGUUGUACGACGACCCUGGAGCACUGCCUGUGGAUCAGGAGGCCGCCAAGUUUUUAUCCGUUGCUUGGUCCAAAUUGAACGACAUUUACAUUUUGGGGUCCAUAACGCUCCAGCGUUCCGCGGGCCUUAUGUUCAGUCGCCUCGCACAUCUGGAUCUUUUCAAUCAGACGUCAACGGUGCCGUACAGAGUACAACUGCAUCACCUGCCCCCAUCUCUACGCGCGUUAGGCGUGCAGAAUGCCGUACUGGAAGGAGCUAACCGUGCCGGACAAUUGCAAUCAGUACUUGAAGGCCUGUCGCUGUAUGCUACCGUACACUGGCCUUUACGUGCAAACGGCGGUACGGAUAUGUACGACUGGAUUGCAGGAUGUGACAAGCUGGCGAGGAGCACCUGGCGGGUGUUCUGGAUCAACGGCUCGUGGAUGACGUGGCAGGAGCUGGAGAUCUGGAACGUGUACGGCACUGACUGGAACUUGCAACACACCGACUUUACACCCCUGGCUCGGUUGACUCGGUUGAGGUCCCUGAAGAUGGAGGCGUUGCCGCCUUUCAUGGCCUUCCGCAUCCGCCGCAUCAUGCGGGAGGGUGUGCCGUACUGCAAGGUACGUCUGGUGGCGGACAACGAGAUGCCCCCGGAGGCACUGAUGCCCCUCCCGGCGCUGGUGGCAGCUGCAAAUGCAGUGGCCGGGCUCCGAUACUUCAACAUGUCGCAGCGUCGUACAGCUGCAACGAUAUGUAGUACAGCUGGCAGGGUAGGGCAGGAGGCCGCCAAGGGUUGGCGUACCCGGGCCUUUUGGCCAUUGUACUGA